GCGGGACUCGCGUGUGUUCAUCACAUAAGGUUAUAGUGCUGUGGUUUUUUCCCCGUUUAGGGGGGGUUGACGGUCGCGAUGACCGACCGUGGACUGUGGUGGUUCAUGGUAGUGUGUAUAGGGAUAUCGGAGAUUAAUGGGCAAUUUCUUAGUCCUUACCUACAAUCAAACAGAACAGGACUCUACGGCAGGCCCAACAGUAGGUUAGCAGCAAGACAAAGACCUACAGGCGGAUCGUAUAGGAGUGGAGAAUACGGAAGAGUCGAUUCGCAGGAAUACAAUUCGAGGGUAGAUGUGUAUGAUAAAGAUAAUGAAGACAAUGACGAAGCCGAUUCUGACAGAGGAGACCAAGAUCUCUUUGGCGAAAACACCAAGUCCCCCUACGACGCCAACGACAACUACGAAUCCAGAGUAGACGCGUCGUAUGAAACCAGACUUAAUGGUGUUGAAUCCGAAAGCAGAUCUCCAGUAGGUUAUGGAGGUUCUUCAGGUGGUUACCAAAGAGGUUAUGACGCAUCAAGAUCAGCCAGCGGAGCUUAUGACGCAUCAAGAUCUGCAGCAGGAGGCUACGACGCAUCAAGAUCAGCAGCCGGAGGCUACGACGCAUCAAGAUCCGGAAGCUACGGUUCAGCAGUAACAGGAGGCUAUGACGCAUCCAGAGCUGGUAGCUAUGACACCCGUUAUGCUGCUUCAGGCUCCGCUAGUGGCUCACUAGAUGCCAGAUAUGACGCUGCCAGAAGCGGACUAGCUGUUUCAGGUGCUGGACAAUCGUCUGCUAGCAGGGGUUCAUAUGGUGCCUAUGCUAGCAGCCCUUACGAAAGCAGACGGCCCUAUGCCAGCAAUUAUGACAUAAUUGAUGCACCAGGAAGCGCUGUUGGUCCAAGAAACGGAUCGGAAAGGUGUAUUCCAAAAUGCUUUGCUGAGAAAGGAAAUAGAGGUUAUCCAGGUUUGCCAGGCCACAACGGUGACAAAGGUAUCAGAGGUUUCCCCGGUGACGAAGGUAUUCCAGGAGAAAAAGGCGACAUGGGCGUGACGGGCCCUCCAGGCCCCAGAGGUCCGAAAGGUGACCGAGGCAAAACCGGACUGCCCGGAUUCCCUGGGGUGAACGGAGUGCCUGGCCUACCGGGUCCCGAAGGUCUUUCCGGACCUCCAGGUUUGGACGGUUGCAACGGAACAGAUGGAUUUCCCGGUCAAGCAGGUUUCCCUGGAGACGUAGGACCCAGAGGUUUUCCCGGUCAAUCGGGUAUCAAAGGAGAGAAAGGAGAAGCCGCGCAUUGUGAAAUCAAUUUGAAAGGACAAAAAGGUGAACCCGGUAGAGAUGGUGUAACUGGACCACCUGGAAACCCUGGUCCACAAGGGCUUCGUGGAUUACCUGGCCCGUCUGGAGAACUUGGACAAAGAGGUUUUUCUGGACCGCCUGGACCUAAAGGUCAAAAAGGUCUCAUGGGCGUUGGCUACUACGGAGAAAAAGGUGACAAAGGUGACACUGGUCCAGCAGGACAAAAAGGCGACUCUGUAGCACCUUACAUCAACAACGGAACAGUGACAAUUGGACCUCCUGGCGAUAAAGGGAUGAAAGGAGAUCGAGGUGAUUUUGGCUUUCAAGGACAAAAAGGUGAACCCGGCGCCGAAGGUGAUUACGGUAUUCCUGGUUCUAUUGGUAUGAAAGGAGAAAAAGGUUUAGUCGGACCCCCAGGACCUCCUGGUCUUCGUGGAUUUGCCGGACCACCAGGCCCUCCAGGCCAGAAAGGAGAUCGCGGUCUAGAAGGCCUUCCAGGUUUAGCAGGAAGGAAUGGUCCAAAAGGGGAGCCAGGACGUGAUGGUGCAUCAGGACAAAUCGGUUUGCGUGGUCCACCUGGACCCCCGGGAGGUGGCAAAGGACAACCUGGACCACCUGGACCUGCUGGUCCGAGAGGAUACCCUGGUCCACAAGGGCCCAAAGGUACUGAUGGAUUCCCCGGAGAACCAGGCCGUCGAGGUCCACAAGGACCGGUAGGUGGUCUGGGAGUUCCUGGCAGACCUGGACCCGAAGGACCUGCAGGAGAAAAAGGCGCCAAAGGAGAAUCAGGAUCAAUUGGUCAUCCAGGUGGCGAAGGUCCGCGUGGUUUCCCUGGCGCUCCAGGACCUCAAGGCCCGAGAGGCUUUACUGGUGACAAAGGAUAUUCGAUAAUGGGACCUAAAGGAGACGAUGGGAUACCCGGAUUUGACGGACAAAAAGGUCUGAAAGGUGAAAAAGGUUUCGAAGGUCCACGAGGUGCCCCUGGUGACUCUUUGAAUGGUAUUCCCGGAGAAAUGGGACUUCCUGGUACUCAAGGUGAACGAGGAUUAUCUGGCCGACCUGGUAUGUCUGGAAGUCCAGGCAUUCCCGGCGAGAAGGGUGACAAGGGUGGAACUUGCAUUGACUGUUUGCCCGGCAUGAAAGGAGACAAAGGAGAACGUGGUUAUGAUGGCCGGGAUGGUGAUAUUGGUCCUAGAGGACCACCCGGACCUCCUGGUGCAUUGGGAGCUCCCGGACAAGAUGGUGUUCCUGGUAUACAGGGACAACCCGGUGCCCCUGGUAAAGAUGGUAUCGAUGGACCCAUAGGACCACCAGGAAACCCUGGUUCCCCAGCAAUUAUCCCAGGAAGCUUAGUUAAAGGAGAAAAGGGCGACAAAGGUUUAAGAGGUGAUCUCGGAAGACCUGGUCCUCUAGGACCUCCAGGAUAUCCAGGACAAAAAGGAGAUUUAGGUUUCCCAGGGCUUCCUGGUGAAAAGGGUGACAAGGGCAUACCAGGCUUCAGAGGCAUUGACGGUCGCCCAGGUGAAAACGGUUUGCCAGGCCAAAAAGGACUUAAAGGAGACAGCGUUAAAGGAGAACCCGGUCUACCAGGUUUAACUGGACAAAAAGGAGAAAUUGGUGACGAAGGAGAACGUGGUCCCAGAGGUGAAGAUGGACAAUGUCCCGAUAAUAUAGUAGCAUUGCUUAAGGGUAAAGAUGGACCGUCUGGAGAUAAAGGUGAACCAGGUCCUAGAGGAUAUGACGGAGUACCUGGACAAAAAGGUGAUCCAGGUGUCCCAGGACCCAAAGGUAUUGCUGGCAUCGAAGGACCCCCAGGACCCCUGGGAAGAAGAGGUUUGCCUGGCCCAAGAGGUGAUAAAGGAAAUGUUGGUCCAAUGGGAUUCCCUGGAGAACCAGGAAGAGAUGGCUCUAGAGGAUUGCCCGGUCUUAACGGGCCAAAAGGUACGAAAGGUGAAGCAGGUAUUCCGCAAGUUGGGCCUUCUGGACCACCAGGGCCUUUGGGUAUUAAAGGAGAAAAAGGAUUACCAGGAUUCCCUGGCAAGCCAGGACAACGCGGAAAUGAUGGCUUAGCAGGUUUGAUGGGCGAAAAAGGAGAUGUCGGUAUUCCAGGCUUAACUGGACUGACAGGAGCUCCAGGACAAAAAGGUGACGCAGGUCCAUUGGGACCACCUGGAUUAUCAGGACUGCCAGGAACAUCAGGUCCUAUGGGUCCCAAAGGAGAGCCAGGCUUGAAAGGAGAACAAGGCAAAUCAGGACUGCCUGGAUUCCCAGGACAUAAAGGCGACAAAGGUGACCUUGGACGUUCAGGAGCUCCAGGUUUUAAGGGAGCGCUGGGGAAACCAGGUAUUCCCGGUAGACCCGGUAUGGACGGACAACCUGGCUUCAGAGGUGAUAAGGGUGACAAGGGUUAUCCUGGACCACCAGGCCCAGUCGGAUUAAUCGGUCUGCCAGGAUCGAUCGGUUAUCCGGGAGAAAAGGGAGAUUUGGGACCGCAAGGCAGACCAGGCUUACAAGGACUACCAGGUUUGGAUGGGCUUAAAGGCAACGACGGUCUUCCAGGAUUAUCGGGCAGAAAAGGUGAACCAGGCGAAGCUUCAGAGAAAGGUCAGAAGGGUGAACCUGGCAUUCCAGGUUUACGUGGAGCGGAUGGCCUGCCAGGUCCGAUAGGUCCUCUAGGUGAAAAAGGUAAUAUGGGUUUCCCAGGCCAAACAAUACCCGGCUAUCCAGGACAAAAGGGUGACCGCGGUGAUCGUGGAUUCGACGGCACACCCGGACUAGCCGGCCUGAAAGGUGAUAGAGGUAUUCCUGGAUUGAUCGGCCAAAAAGGUGACGAUGGUUUGCCUGGUGCAACUGGUGCUCCUGGAAUGGACGGCAAAGACGGACUACCAGGCUUAACUGGUGAAAGAGGAUAUCCUGGUGCCCCAGGUCUUACUGGUGAAAAGGGUGACAAAGGAGACGCAGGCUUGAACGGAUACAAUGGAGCACCGGGAGAAAAGGGCAACGGAGGUCCUGUUGGGCCAGUAGGUUAUCCUGGAGAAAAGGGUGACUUAGGAGAUAGAGGUAUGCCUGGUAUACCGGUAUCUAUUAAGGGAGACAAAGGAGAGCCUGGACCUGCAGGUUUACUCGGUAGAGAAGGUGAGAAGGGUGAUAGAGGAUAUCCUGGACAACCUGGACUUAGAGGAGAGAAGGGAGACAUUGGAUUCCCGGGUGUUAAAGGAGAACAGGGCUGGGCUGGAACAGAAGGAAGAAAAGGUGAUACUGGACCUUCUGGACUUCCUGGACUACCAGGACACACUAUCAAAGGCGAAAAGGGUCUGCCAGGUCUUCCUGGUAAAAACGGAAGAGAAGGCGCCCCUGGACUCCAAGGAGAAAAAGGUGUAACCGGACUACCAGGACUCAGUGGACGUCCAGGACAACCAGGACCACCAGGCCCAUUAGGUUUACAAGGACCUAAAGGUGAUAGAGGAUACGACGGCCGUCCAGGUCCUGUCGGACCAUUAGGACCACCAGGCCGACCGGGAUUGAACGGCUUACAAGGAGUACCCGGUGAAAAAGGUGACCGUGGACCUCCAGGUGUUCUUGGAGCUCCUGGUGAAAAGGGAGACAGAGGUCUAACCGGCUUACAAGGCGACUCUGGACUACCAGGCCAAAAGGGCGACCGUGGCCGUGAUGGUUUACCUGGUAUAAGAGGACCCCCAGGUCCUCAAGGUUUGAAGGGAGAACUCGGUUUAAGAGGAGUUUCUGGUGCCAUAGGUCUCAUAGGCCAAAAAGGAGACAAAGGAGAAGCUGGUUUCCCAGGCGCGCCAGGUGUCAAAGGAAACGCCGGACUUCCAGGAACGCCCGGACCCAAAGGCUUAGACGGACGAAACGGUUUUGAUGGUCAACCAGGAUUACCGGGUCCAAUGGGCGAAAAAGGUGACAGAGGCUAUCCAGGAGCUCCAGGAGCAACAGGAGUAGCGGGACAGAAAGGAGAAAUGGGAUUGGCGGGCAGAGAUGGUUUGGAUGGUGCUAUUGGUGCUAUAGGAAUUCAGGGAGAACGCGGCGAACCAUGUCAGGCCGUGUCUGAUUAUCUUACUGGUACCUUAUUGGUACGUCACAGUCAAAGCCGAGAGGUACCUCAGUGUGAAAGUGGUCACACCAAGUUGUGGGAUGGGUAUUCUCUUUUAUAUGUUUCUGGAAACGAAAAACCACACGCUCAAGACUUGGGUAUGGCCGGUUCCUGCAUCCGAAGGUUCUCGACGAUGCCUUUCGUGGUCUGCGACAUUGACAACGUGUGCAACUACGCCAGCAGAAACGACAAAUCCUAUUGGCUGUCUACUAGCGCGGCUAUUCCAAUGAUGCCUGUACAAGAAACCGAAAUCCAAGAUUACAUUUCCAGGUGUGUCGUCUGUGAAACUCCCGCUAAUGUUUUGGCUGUUCACAGUCAGUCGUUGUCGCUACCAGAAUGUCCUUAUGGUUGGUCGUCGUUGUGGAUUGGUUACAGUUUUGUUAUGCAUACUGGUGCCGGUGGCCAUGGAGGUGGUCAAUCGCUCUCUAGUCCUGGUUCCUGCUUGGAAGAUUUCCGAGCCUCGCCGUUCAUCGAGUGUAACGGUGCGCAAGGACACUGUCACUACUUCUCCAACAUGCUCAGUUUCUGGUUGACCACCAUCGACCAAAACCAACAGUUCAGCAAACCGCAGAAGCAAACCCUGAAAGCAGGAAACGUCAGAGACCGAGUCAGCAGAUGUCAAGUCUGCAUCAAGAACACGUAAAAUUGAAUUUUUGAAACGUAUAGGAAAUCCAAAUAAUUGUUAUUAUUAUUGAAUAAUUUUCCGUAAGUUGUUGUUUUGUGGGACACUUGGAACGGGCAACUUAUCGAUUUUUAUUUUAAGCUGUGUUCAACCAAUGAGUGUUCCUUUUUCUUUAAUGUGCCUUAAAGUACUUGAUCUUCUGCUGUGAUAAAAUUACUGGUAACAGACGAUCAAGUACUUGAUCACGUGGUCAAUCAAUUAUUUUUAUUUGUAUAAAGCUUGUUUGUCAAUUUAUCAUUUAUUUUUUGACCACCGGCAGCACCAUUUCAAAUCGAACAAAUAUAAUUUAAAUCUAAUGAUAAAUUGACAAACCAAAAAGAUUUACGGUAUACCGCUUUAUUUGUAACUCUUUUUUAAUACUGCCGUGCCAUGUCGUUUAAAAUAACAAAUUUUAAUUAAUUAUGUAAAGAUUUUUGUAUAGUAAUUUAGGUUUAGGUUGUAUGUAAGUAUGUAAACUUAAGUAGGUACCAACUAUUAGGGGUAUAAAUUAAUGCCUAUUUUUAUAUGUAAUAAAUAAACACAAGUUGAUUUUGUGAUGCUAAUGUUUUAAUUGCUUUUUACUGCCUUGUUUCUUUUUUUCAUUAUACUUUUGGUGCUAUUUCUGCAGUGAGUUUUUUGUCACUUCUGUCGUUUCUCUAACAUUCCUUUUUAUUUCUUUAUUUUGUUUUUAGUCUAGUCAACUUCUGUAACGUUUAAAGUUUUAAAAUGUUUAAUGGAGGAAUUUCACUGCUCCAAAGUUUUUUCUUCAGAUUAUAUUUUCGAGCACUGCCAUUUGUAAUAUUUAUAAAUAUAUUAAUAUAAGACACUUAUAGAUGCUUUUUCUUUUGGUUACUACUAUUUUCUAAAACCUUUUUUGUAAUUAUUAUUUUGCUGUCCGUUUUAUUAAAAAUAUUUUCAAUUAG